AGAGCAGCAGAGAGCUGCAUUAGUCCAACCUGAGAGGCAAGACACACACACACGGUGCUUAGGGAGGGAACUGAUACACACACAUUUAUAGCUCACGCCUGGAUAAGACUUGCACAUUGCAGGAAACUAGUGCUGUGCUACAGAGGGAGCAAUUUACCAGCCGGACCCCCUUGACUAGCCCCGUGGCCCCCUGACUCUGAGCCAAGAUGCCCAACUUCUCUGGACACUGGAAAAUGAAGCAGUCAGAGAACUUUGAGGAGAUGCUGAAGGCUUUGGGAGUGAAUGUGAUGCUGAGGAAGAUCGCCGUGGCUGCGGCGUCUAAACCAGCCGUAGAGAUAAAGCAGGAAGGAGAGAUGUUCUACAUAAAAACCUCAACAACAGUUCGGACCACUGAGAUCAACUUCAAAAUUGGGGAGGAGUUUGAUGAACAGACUGUGGAUGGGCGCCCUUGCAAGAGUCUGGCCAAAUGGGUGAGUGAAAACAAAAUGGCUUGUGAACAAAGACUUCUCAAAGGAGAUGGACCCAAGACAGCCUGGACCAGAGAACUGACCAACGAUGGAGAGCUUAUCCUGACCAUGACUGCUGAUGAUGUUGUCUGCACACGGAUUUACAUCAGGGACUAAUUUACAGAACUCUAUGGGAUAAGAGGCACCAUCCUCACCUUCCCCAGCCUAACUUAGUCUUCAAACCUUUAAUAACCAACCCCUGUGAAGCAGAGAGUACCCACUUUACUGCACACCAUGAAACCAGCAACACUCCAAGUCCACAUUCAUUCUUUCUCCCACAGAUUCCUCUAUAUAGUCUGGCAGAAUGUUUGCACAUAUUAUGCGACAAGAAUUCAUCUCUUCCUAAUCGUACAUCAAAGACUUUAGAUGCAUCUCAUUGCUGUUUUUUUGUAUUUUUGGAAGGGUUUUUAUACCAAGCUAUUGACCAUAGUAUCACAUAGCAAUACCGUUAUCCCAGGUGUAUCUCGAUUUUGAACUCAAUUCACAAUGAAUUUGAAAAAUGAAUGUUUUAAGUCUUUGGGUUGUCCAAUGAUGCCUGGUCCUUCAUAGUCUAUAGUUCUUUUUCUUGUCUUGUUUUUCCAUUAGACCUUAAAAAAGUAGCAAGUGUUAAGGCAGAACUGGUUUCUGAGCUGGUGAACAAAUUUCCAGUAACUGAGUGUUCCAUUUAGGUUUUAAUGGGCACAAACCAUCAUAAGAACCCAACUGCAGGCAUCUGUUUCAAAGAAAGAGCUUUUUUUUUUAAAAACAAUAGUUUUCUUUUGCACUAGAUUUAAAUAAGAAAGACUGGACUGUACUCUCUUAGAUAUAAACACCCAGAGAAGACGUUAGAUGCUGGGAGUCAUAUCUCCAAAAACAAAAAACAUUCUCCAAAAACAUUCCUUUAAAUGUCCUUCAAAAAGUUUUUCUGCCUUGGAUUCCUAUCACGAUUAUCUCUUGGGUCAAUCCAGAAUGUCAGUAAAUCCAAGCCAACCACAGACAGGUUAUUAUAAAUGAACAGAUAUGAUUGUAUAUAAAUCCUAAGUACUGGAGAGUGAGAAAGUCUUGAUAGAUCAGAAAUAUGGAAGGUUUGUGUAGGAGACAAUGGAAGCAUCAUGGAUCCCUCCACUUCCUGCUUUACUAUGAACUAUACAACAUGACUUUCAUUAUGGGACAUAAAGAGAACGGGACCAUAGCCACCCUCAUCCCAAGGUUGUGCAAUUUUAGCAAGCGCUAUGCAUAGAUUUGCAACAUUCUCAUUGCUAUAUUGUCACUUUAGGGCCAGCUCUGUAUUUUAUAUGAUUCUGAGACAGAGAAGUAUUAAGGGUACAUGCAUACUUACUUUCAGAUCGUUCUAAGGAGUUCAGCCCAAAGCCUGCUAACAGCCAUUGACUCAAAGUCACUUGGUGGAGUGCAAUCACUGUGGGACCCUGGCUACUCCUGGUUUAGCCUGGUUUAUACCUGCUAUGCUAUCCCACAGUCACACUCCCUUCCCAGAGACUAUUAUCCACUGUUACUAUAGACACCAUCUCUCCCUACUAUACCUGCUAUCCCACA